AUGGUGACUACUUAUCAAGACAAAGCUACUCAGACUGAGAACAAAGAUGAAGAUACAAUUGAAAAGCUACUCAAAGCCAUUACUACACUUUGUACUAAAGUGGAUAGUAUGGACAAUGAGAUACAAAAGCUAAAGGCUAAUGAAGAUAACCUGAAGUGUAAAGCUAAUAUAAGUCAGCAGCAUGACUAUAAAAAUGCAGAGCUACGUCAAUCGGAAGACGGUAAAAUUCCAGAGAUAAAAGGAGACGAUGGGAAACUCCCCAAAACCAAUAAUGUUUGUUUAAAUACAGCUGCAGGUAGAAGCAGAAAAUUUGCUGGUAAACGGGAAACAGGGAGAAAACUGCUAGACUAUGCCAUCCCACAGUGGAAACCGGUAGGUGAGAGAUGCCGUUAG